AUGGCCCUUCCCGCUCCGUGGCUGUCGUACAAGACACAGGAUGGCAAGGAAUAUUACUACAAUCCAGAGACAAAAGUUACGACAUGGACACGGCCUUCCAGAGGUUCCUCAUCUUCCAGUAAGACACCGCCCAAACGCGAGCACCACAAGACUAACAGCUCUCCAGCUCUAGGGGCCGAACGAGGCGGCUUGCUAGCUCAGAUUCAACAAGGAACAAAUCUAAAGAAGGUCAAGACGGUGGAGAAAACGCUGUUUGCUGGUCAUCCAAGUGGUGGCAGUGGUAAAGGAACAGGAGCUGGAGCUGGAGCUGGAGUUGGAACUGGAGCUGGAGUUGGAGCUUCUGCACCAGCUGCUAGUGGGGGAGGUGGCAUGGGGUCGAUGAUGGCGGCAAUCAAGUCUGGCGGAAAUUUGAGGAAGGCUCCAAGCUCAAGUAUGCAAAAAGAAAAUAUCAGUGGCGGUGCUAGUGCCUCGAAUGGCGCGGGAGGCUUUGCGGAGAUCAUGCGGAAAAACCGCGAAGCUGCUGCGCGGAGAUCCGGGGGCGGUUCGGCCCCAUUGACGCAAAAUGGCAGCUCGGCACCUUCAACGCCACGGCAAAUGCCUUCAGCUCCAAGUUCGGGGGGCUACGAGAAUGGCAACAAUUCGGUAGAGAUACGACUAGCAGCGAUUGAGAGCAAACUUGACAAGAUCAUGGCACAUCUAGGCAUUAAUUAG